AGGUUCUUGUGUGGAGACCCUACCACUAUCUCGUGCCUGUUUUAUCCGUUAAAUAAUGUAUUCAUUACGCCGCUCAUUUUUCAAAAUUUCAAAAAUCUUCUGUCCUAACGUAAACUGAGACAGAAAAUUCCUCUGCUGUCGUUACUCUCCUUGUCUUUAUCUUCUCUGGUGAGCAAUGAGCAUGGAGGAGCAGCCAAAGCAUUCAUGUGAUGGGCAACUGUAUCAGUACUAGUUGCAAACGGGGCAGCAGCAGGAGCAGGGGCAGAGACAGUGUCCCCCAUAUUAAGGACACUGCCACUCCCAAGGGCAUUUCAUCCAAUUGCCCUACACCUUCACACGGACCAAAUCCAAGCAAGGACAAAUUUGGGAAAACCCAGUGCAUUUCUCCACAGAAGCCCAGUGUUGAAGUAGUAGAUUGUACUGAAGAGAAACGGGUGGUUGUCCAUGAGACUUUGAGGGAUGCUCACAGCUCCCCUGCUCGGGUCCCCAUUAAAUCUCUCAAGGAAAACAAGAAUGUUAACUUGUCAUCGCAGACUUUCAAGCCAGCCAGGGCAUUCUCUGGCAAGCCCAUCGACAGACAGAUUCAUGUUGGUAGACGGAGUCAGGAAUCGACUCCCACUAGGCCUCGGCCUUGUAGAACUGCUGCGUCUCCAGCUAGGGGAUUCGAACAUACGAGCUCCAGGAAACCCGAUUUUGUCGAACCUAGGCCUCAGAAAGUCCCCGUCAAGAGACAGAAUUUUGGGGAAUUGAGAUCUGGGUCGCCGUCGUUCAGAGCCACCAAGGGUUGUACAGGGAGUGGGAUGAAAAGUGGGGAUUCUUUGAAGAGGGCUAAUUCUUCGAGGAGGACUAAUCAGAUCAGGGGUAAGGAUAUAGCUUGUUUUGAGCCACAGAAAUUGGAGGAAGAGGUUGCAGAAAAACCUAAAAAUGUAUGUGAAUUGCCUGCUGAAAUUGCUAGUGUCACAGAGUCAGAGUUUGAUUCGACCUUGCCGCCAGUUGAUCUCGAGAACCCUCUUAUUUCUUUGGAUUGUUUUAUUUUUCUGUAAUUAGAUUUGAGUCGCCCAUGUAUAUGAUCACACACAAGGGGUUUUGUAAGGGGGACAGCGGCUGUUCGGGUUUAAAAUCCAGAUCAAAGUGGUAAUGUUAAUGGGCUCAUUAUAGAGAACUAUUCACAAUGUAGUGUGCCGGUAUUAUAGGCACUUUUACAGAUUGAAAAAGCCUCUACUGAAUCUUUCUCCAUCAAGUCGUAUCAGAGCGUGGAGGUUGAGGUAGAGAAGUGGGCUAAGUCCUGACCAGAACAGUUUAAGGCGAUGGAUUACUGAUCUUUAAGGGGAGCGGUAUUAAGAAGAGAAUUAGUUCAAAGAGAAAGCUGAUUAUAUGUAGGAGGAAUGCAGGAAACUUGUGAGUUUAAGUGAAGAAUUGCCCUGAAAAUUGAUGGCUCUUAAAACUUAAGGUGCAGCAGCAAGGUGAGUGUGAAAAACAAAAGAGCCUGACUCAAAAUUGUGUCAUUGAAGAGGCACGCUGAAGCUGUGAUCAAGAAGACAUAAGCAUGAGUUUGGCACUGGAUAAGGGAAGAGUUUAUGUAUUAUUUCUGUCUCUUGAAAGAUCUGAGGAUGUAAACUUAUUUCACUUUGUGACUUAUAUUGUUUAAAUGAUCUUGUAUCUUAUGUAA